AUGUCCAUAGUUCAAAAAAUUAUUCUAAAUCAAGCUCGUUAUAAUCUAUGGGCAAAUCAACAGUUAUUAACUACCGUUUCAGAAAUUCCGGAUGAUUCUUAUCGAGCUCAUGCUGGAUUAGUAUUUCGCUCGAUCCAUGGAACACUUAAUCAUAUUUUGGCUACGGAUAAACUCUGGCUCGCCAGAUUCACUGAAAAUUACGAAAACUAUGAAGAAUUGUCAAAAUUUUGGCGCAUGUCUAGUAAUAUUCCCUUGGCAAAAGAUGCUACAUCAUCUCAUUGGGAAUCCUUUCUUUCGGAUCGAAAAGAAUUAUCCGCUAAAAUUAUUGAACAGUCACAAAAAUGGAUAAAUCAUAUUUCGGCAUUGCCUUCUACUUUGGACAUUGAGAGCAAAUUCUUGACGUAUGCCAAUUCAUCAGGUGUUACUGUAACAACUAACGCUUUGGUCGAUUAUCUUCAUAUUUUUAAUCAUAGCACCCAUCAUAGGGGACAGAUUUCUGCUGCUAUAACCGGAUUCGGUUAUAAAGCACCUACUAUGGAUCUAUUAUAUUUUAAACAAGAUCAUAUUAAUUGA